AUGGAGAAGAUGUCCCGAGUGACCACGGCCCUGGGUGGCAGCGCGCUGACGGGCCGCACCAUGCACUGCCACCUGGACGCGCCGGCCAAUGCCAUCAGUGUGUGCCGUGACGCCGCCCAGGUGGUCGUGGCGGGCCGCAGCAUCUUCAAGAUCUACGCCAUUGAGGACGAGCAGUUUGUGGAGAAGUUGAACCUGCGUGUGGGCCGCAAGCCCUCGCUCAACCUGAGCUGCGCUGACGUGGUCUGGCACCAGAUGGAUGAGAACCUGCUGGCCACGGCGGCCACCAACGGCGUGGUGGUCACGUGGAACCUGGGACGGCCGUCGCGCAACAAGCAGGACCAGCUGUUCACAGAGCACAAGCGCACGGUGAACAAAGUCUGCUUCCACCCCACCGAAGCCCACGUGCUGCUCAGCGGCUCCCAGGACGGCUUCAUGAAGUGCUUCGACCUCCGCAGGAAGGACUCUGUCAGCACCUUCUCUGGCCAGUCUGAGAGUGUGCGGGACGUCCAGUUCAGCAUCCGAGACUAUUUCACCUUCGCCUCCACCUUUGAGAACGGCAACGUGCAGCUCUGGGACAUUCGGCGGCCUGACCGCUGUGAGAGGAUGUUCACAGCCCACAAUGGACCUGUCUUCUGCUGCGACUGGCACCCUGAGGACAGGGGCUGGCUGGCCACAGGUGGGCGUGACAAGAUGGUGAAGGUCUGGGACAUGACCACGCACCGCGCCAAAGAGGUGCACUGCGUGCAAACCAUCGCCUCGGUGGCUCGAGUCAAGUGGCGACCCGAGUGCCGCCACCACCUGGCCACCUGCUCCAUGAUGGUGGACCAUAACAUCUACGUGUGGGACGUGCGCCGGCCUUUCGUCCCGGCUGCCAUGUUUGAGGAGCACCGCGAUGUCACAACGGGCAUCGCCUGGCGCCACCCACACGACCCCUCUUUCCUGCUCUCCGGCUCUAAGGACAGCACGCUGUGCCAACACCUGUUCCGUGAUGCCAGCCAGCCUGUUGAGCGCGCCAACCCCGAAGGCCUCUGCUAUGGCCUCUUUGGGGACCUGGCCUUUGCUGCCAAGGAGAGCCUAGUGGCCGCUGAGUCUGGGCGCAAGCCCUACGCUGGUGAUCGGCGCCACCCCAUCUUCUUCAAGCGCAAGCUGGAUCCUGCCGAGCCUUUUGUGGGCCUCGCCUCCAGUGCUCUGAGCGUCUUCGAGAUAGAGCCUGGCAGUGGCAGCAUGAGCUGGUUUGUGGACACGGCCGAGCGUUAUGCCCUUGCUGGUCGGCCUCUGGCUGAACUCUGUGACCACAAUGCCAAAGUGGCUCGGGAGCUUGGCCGCAACCAGGUGGCACAGACCUGGACCAUGCUACGGAUCAUCUACUGUAGCCCUGGCCUGGCACCUGCUACCAGCCUCAACCACAGCGUGGGCAAGGGUAGCUCUUGCGGCUUGCCACUUAUGAACAGUUUCAAUCUGAAGGAUAUGGCCCCGGGGUUGGGCAGUGAGACCAGGCUGGACCGUAGCAAGGGUGACACACGGAGCGACACGGUGCUGCUUGACUCCUCAGCCACACUCAUCACCAAUGAGGAUAACGAAGAGACAGAGGGCAGCGAUGUGCCUGCAGACUACCUGCUGGGCGACGUGGAGGGCGAGGAGGAUGAGCUGUACCUGCUGGACCCGGAACACGCACACCCGGAGGAGCCCGAAUAUGUGCUGCCCCAGGAGGCCUUCCCGCUACGCCACGAGAUCGUGGACACUCCACCUGGCCCCGAGCACCUGCAGGACAAGGCCGACUCGCCCCACGUGAGCGGCAGCGAGGCUGAUGCGGCUUCCUCAGCUCCCAUGGACUCCUCCUUCUCGCUCAUCUCGGUAUCACACGCCCUCUACGACAGCCGCCUGCCGCCUGACUUCUUCAGCGCCCUGGUGUGUGACAUGCUGCGCUUCUACGCCGAGCAGGGCGAUGUGCAGAUGGCCGUGUCUGUGCUCAUUGUGCUGGGUGAACGCGUGCGCAAGGACAUCGACGAGCAGACCCAGGAGCACUGGUACACGUCCUACAUCGACCUGCUGCAGCGCUUCUGCCUCUGGAACGUGUCCAACCAGGUGGUCAAGCUCAGCACCAGCCGCGCCGUCAGCUGCCUCAACCAGGCCUCCACCACCCUGCACGUCAACUGCAGCCACUGCAAGCGGCCCAUGAGCAGCCGUGGCUGGGUCUGUGACCGGUGCCACCGCUGCGCCAGCAUGUGUGCUGUCUGCCACCACGUGGUCAAGGGUCUGUUCGUGUGGUGCCAGGGCUGCAGUCACGGCGGCCACCUGCAGCACAUCAUGAAGUGGCUGGAGGGCAGCUCCCACUGCCCUGCGGGCUGCGGCCACUUGUGCGAGUACUCGUGA